GCGGCGCCGGGACCCCGCGGGGAGCGGGAGGAGGAGGAGGAGGAGGAGCGGGGAAGAAGAAAAGCCGGGAGGAAGGAGCCAGAGAGGUGGCGGCGGCCGGAGCGAUGGAUGCCAUUACUCCCUACAAGGAAAUCCUCCAGAUGUACUGGGAGAAAGUGACCGGCUUUGUGAACGCCCGGUGUGAUGGACUGGAGCCCUGGCAGCUCAUUGGGUUGACUUUUUCUUCCACUCUUGCAAGUGUGUGGCUGCAUGGCUUCCUCUGCCAGCCUGAGAGUUUGACAUCCCGAACUAAAAAGCAAUUCUUUAAACUGCUGAGAAAAAUGCCAUUUGUUGGGGCUAUAAUUCAAAAGAAGAUUGAUGAAGCCUUGAAUGAUGUCACUUCCAGUUUAUCCUUCCUGAAAGAUGAAAGGGAUUAUAUCAAAGCGCUGCCAGAACAAGGCAUGAGCCAGCCUGAAGUGCUGCAGAAGAUGAAAGAGUACAGCUCAAAAGGUGAGUCUGUAGUGCAGCAGACACCACACAUGACACUUCCUUUCUUAAAUGAGCCCCAGUGACUCCUGCUCAUGGUUUCAGCUUAAAUAUUUUGUCCCCUUGCAAAUUUUUGUCUGUUUUUCUUCUGGAUGUGACUGAGAUUCACAAGUUCUAAUGCUGCAUUCAGGUCUUUACAUUGAAAUUCUGUUCCUUCCACAAGAAUUGUAGGCUGAUGGGGAGGUGGGAGAGCUUAGGAGAGGAGAAAUAUGGAAGAAGUUCUCUUUUUGGAUUGCAUUUCUGAACAGUUGCCUUGAUAUUUGAUUUUACCAGUAUUGUAAAGCCCCAGAAAAUACUCACAAUCAAGAAAAGCAACUUACAAGUAGGAUUGUUAGGGAAUUUCCAAGACUGUGACCUCUUAAGGGAGACAAUGGUUUGUGCCUUAAAAAAGCCUUUUAAGGAAGAGUGAUGAUGAUCUCCUGGCUUGAGUCCACACAAGCAGUGUCUGACACUCAAUUGGAGUUGUAAACAUGCUCCCCCUGAUUUGUGUGCCUGUUACUCCUAAUGAGCAAAUCUGGGUGACUUCCUGUCCAGGGGAGAAGAUACAACUGUAUCCCAAAUUUGAGAAAUACCUUGAAUUAAUAUUCUGCUACAGCAGUGCAUCUGCUCCAAAUUCUGAAACAAACAAUGUCAUGAUCCAGUACCCUGGGACAACUUCCUUCUUUUCUACUGUUGUGUAUUGCUAAUGUUGCUUCUCUAUGUGUUUUCUCUUAAAUUUUUGUUUCCUUCCUUCACUGGGUUCUUUUUUCUAAAGUCCCCCCUGUUUUCACCCCCACCCCUUUGGAAGUUGCCUAGAAGUACUGGUUUAGGUGAAUUUUAAUGUGGAUUUUAGCACUACAAAUUUGGCUUUUCCAUCUCUUCUCAGCUUACAGUGGUGGGUGUUCUUUGAAAGUGGCUUUAAUUUA